UUGAGAGUGCGUUCAGUUGUCGCUGUUACCUUGGACGUGUCAAAAUGGCGGAAAAUAUGUCUCUACUGGCUCUAGAGGACGAGUUGACUUGCAGUAUCUGUUUAUGUCUAUUCGAAAACCCGGUGAGUUUAAUCUGUGGACACAGUUUCUGCGCCAACUGUCUCGAAGCGACAUGGAACGACAGGGUAUCAUCUCUGUCCUGCCCUCAGUGCCGAAUGGUGUUCACCAGUAAACCUGAACUAAAGAAGAACACCGUCCUCAGCGCGGUGCUUGAUGCCUAUAGAAUAAAAGCGGGUGUUUCUGAGCCCGUCAAGGAACAUUUUGAGGUGAAAAAGAAAGAUCCAGAUGCGAUCAAGUGUGACAACUGCAUGGAAGCCAAAGCGGUCAAAACUUGUUUGACAUGUAUGGCGUCUUAUUGUGAAGAUCAUGUCAGGCCUCACCGAGAGAAUGCCAUUUUUCGGGCCCAUCAACUGUGUGAUCCGCUGCCAGAUCUGAUGGACCGUCUCUGUUCGGAUCAUGGCAAACUGAUGGAGUUCUACUGCAGUCAGCACCAGAGUUGCAUUUGCAGUACCUGUCUGCAGGACAUGCAUAAAGGCUGUGAGUUUAUCACGACAGAUGAGCGGCGCUUCAAACAAAAGACUGACCUGAAUGACAAGCUCAACAUCCUUGAAGUCAAAACUGACAAGAACCAGCAGGUUAUCACACAGAUGAAGGAGCAACAAAACAAAUUAAAGGACUUAGCUGUAACCCGCAAACGUAUUCUUGAGGCUGAAUACAGGCAGAUCAGAGAAAUGAUUGACCGAGAUGAGAAAGAAGCCAUGCUUGCUAUCGAUAAGGAACAGGAGAAAGGUCAGAGCAAACUGGUCUCCUUGAUGAAGAAAUUUAAUGAGAACAUCGAGAAGAUGAAUAAGACCAAAUCUGAGAUCAACAGUCUGCUGGACCAGUCGCAGUCACUAGAAUUCUUAAAGGCGUCCAUGGAUUUGCCCUCAGUGGUAAAUUUUGAGCCCUAUAACCCUCGCAUCAAUGUGGAAAGUAAAGAGGUGAUCGCUUAUCAUUCCUCUGCUGUUGCACUGAAGGAGUGGAUCACCAGAUUAAUGGAUCAUCCAUUAGAAAACAGAAUCUAUGUAAUUAAACCAGGUCUAGGAAACCAAUUCCCAGUAAUCCGAAGUGAGACUCCUGCCUUCCUACCAAAUUCAAGAGGCAUGUCACAUAUGAGAUUUCCCAGUCCAGAUCGCGGUCCCAAAGCCAACCCUUCAGGAGCUAAACAGAAAAUGUCAAGCAAGAGUGCUAAUAAAGAUCAGAAGGAUCACAAAGAGCGUAAAGACCAGAAGCCAAACAAAUCUAGGAAUCCCUCUAAAGGAGCAAAUUCUGUUUUCUCCAAAAGCAUGGAAAACUUGCUUGACAUUGCAGUUAAACCUGUAGACAUACCUGACAUAAGUAUGCAAUCUCUGUCACAGGCGUCCAUGGAUUUGCCCUCAGUGGUAAAUUUUGAGCCCUAUAACCCUCGCAUCAAUGUGGAAAGUAAAGAGGUGAUCGCUUAUCAUUCCUCUGCUGUUGCACUGAAGGAGUGGAUCACCAGAUUAAUGGAUCAUCCAUUAGAAAACAGAAUCUAUGUAAUUAAACCAGGUCUAGGAAACCAAUUCCCAGUAAUCCGAAGUGAGACUCCUGCCUUCCUACCAAAUUCAAGAGGCAUGUCACAUAUGAGAUUUCCCAGUCCAGAUCGCGGUCCCAAAGCCAACCCUUCAGGAGCUAAACAGAAAAUGUCAAGCAAGAGUGCUAAUAAAGAUCAGAAGGAUCACAAAGAGCGUAAAGACCAGAAGCCAAACAAAUCUAGGAAUCCCUCUAAAGGAGCAAAUUCUGUUUUCUCCAAAAGCAUGGAAAACUUGCUUGACAUUGCAGUUAAACCUGUAGACAUACCUGACAUAAAUCCACCUGCUAGUUCACCAGCUGUGCAAAACUUUAUUAAAAGAAGUGACCUUCUUAAAUAUGGCACCAUCCUCAAUUUUGAUGUCAGAACAGCUCACAAGCGGAUCUCGCUGUCUGAAAACAACACCAAAGCGACAGUCUCGGACGAAACUGCUUACUAUCCAGAUAUUCCCCGUCGCUUUUCUGUCUGUUCCCAGGUGCUCUGCACAAAGGGUUUCUCUCAGGGCCGUCAUUAUUGGGAGAUCAAAAUGAGCAGUAACAACUUCUGCGGAUUGGGACUUGCAUAUGGAAGAAUCGACCGCAAGGGUCCCUCUAGCCGUCUGGGGCGUAAUGCAGACUCCUGGUGUGUGGAGUGGUUUAACGUGAAGCUUUCUGCAUGGCACAACAGCAUCGAGACGGUGCUGCAGAAUCCCAACCCAAGCCGCGUGGGUGUCUUGCUGGACUGUGAUCAGGGAAGUGCAACAUUCUAUAAUGUGCAGGACCGGGUCUACCCCUUCCACACAUUUGUCUUUCCUUUCACUGAGGCUGUGUAUCCAGCUUUCUGGAUUUUCUCAAAUGGUUCUUCUCUCUCUUUCUGCAAGCUCAGCAACUGAAAAUAUAUAAGUUGAACUGAUAUUCAUUUUA